AUGUUGUUUUGUGCAAAGCGUAACCGAGAAGAGAACAAAUGUAUUUUAAGAAACCUUAGGGUGUUUUUGAAGGACAGUUUACAGCUUUCAGGUUGUGCUGCUCUUACAUUUGUGAGACUGCACCCAGAUUUACCGAGUGGAAAAUCCUACCAAUUAUGUGGUCCAUUUGAAGCCGUUCAAUCUGAUAACAAUAUCAUAGUUUUGGCAGAGAAGCUUCUCGUUGAUGAUUAUUCUCUGCUGAUUCAAGUCUUUAUAGCUAAAGACCUGCCAUACGUGUUUAGUUUCAAGUUACCAGAGUGGCUGAGAAAACGAAAUGCACAAUCCGUAGUCAUAGGUCAAGAUUUUCCGCAUGCAAUUCAGUUGUCCUCAACUUGGGACGCUCUCGGUGACUUGCACAAUUCAUCAGUCCAUGAAACUGUACAUGGCGGGUCUGCUAGACCGACUGCUGAAGCAAUUUCUAAGAAAGCAGAGAAAGUUGUAAAUAAGACCGAAAUUACUAACAAAGAUCUCAGAUCAAACCCGAAGGGUUCUUUCAAGCAAUUUGAACCGUGUCCGCUUCGCAGUGCGUCUCAUUUCUUUUUCGACUUGUCAGUACCAUUUUCGUCUCCUCAAGGAUUGAUUGUGCAGAAUUCUGAAUCCUUGAACAAGGCCGUGGCAGCAUAUUGGCAAAAGAGGAUAAAAUAUAACAUUCAUCAAAUGAUGACAGAAAGCGAAACACUCUUGACUCUAACAUUUUGCAACAUAAAUGUAGUAGCGAAGAAUGGAGUUUUAUCUGCAGUUCAGAAGUCGCUUCGAAAGCAGAAUGUAGUCACGUCCACAGAUUUCAAUUGCAUUGUUUGUAGUUUUGGUGUUGAUGUUCAUGUCUAUUGGCCUGAGAUCGAGGUUAGUUGCUCGAAUGGUAAACAAAUUGUGGAGCGUAUUUUGGAUGAUCUGAAAUCCGAAAAUUGUGGCGAAUCGUGGUGCGAACGUAUAGGUGAUCCGUACAAAGUCCAAAGUAUGCCUAUGGUCGGAUCGACUUGCGGUGGUAAUGAAUUUUUAGUUCUUGGAGAAUUCUCUUGUGAUGGGACUUUAGUACGCAGUUCAGAGGAGUUGAUGACAGAUUUUAAGCUGCUGCUUGAUUUAACAAAUUUGAGAAGAGGCAACAGGACAGCUAAGUUGAGCGAGAAGUCCAGACAACGAAAGAGUACAAAAGUGAUCAAUUGGAAUGCAAGACAAGUGACGACGUCUAAUACAAGUGGUGAACGAAGGCCUCCAAGUAGGCCAGGAAGACUUUGGAAGUAUGACGAAAAUAACAUUCUUCCAGCGGAAGAACGAGGUUACGUGUACAAAUCAUUGCAGGAGUGUUCAAAGUUGGAAAUUCCUUUCGAGGUCGUUCAGGAGGCAGUCACGUUUGUUGUUGGAUGUCUAAAUCAGCGCAUGAGAGGAGUGAUCGCAUUUGGAGUCGGAGAUAAACAGGAAGAGCAAGAUCGAUUUCUUCACGGUCAAGUGCUAGGUCUUUGUAUAGAUGGUAUUGAGCAAGAAAUCGUAAAGCAUUUCGAAUACAUGAAAACAGAGAUGAUUCGUACGGAUGAUCAACCGGACCAGACACUGCCGAGGGCUGAACAAGAAUGCAUAUCUUUACAUAUUAUAGACGUUGUGCCCCGACGGAAAGAACAUCCUCUUCAAAUUGUGGAAAUUGAAGUAGACCCUGAUGCGAACGUCUGCAAAGGGAAUGUGUACAUUGCUCGGAAGUUUAAGAAAAAUGAAGAUUUCAAGCAAGUGUCAGACUCUUUGAAAAACUCUGAUGGGGACAUAUUAGGCGAAUUGGCGCCUUACAUUCAGGAAGAUGAAGGAACAAAGAAGUUAUCUUGGCCUGAUUUUAUGAAACAUAAAGCUACUAUUCAAGGCAGGUUUAGACGAGAUGCAGAAACUCUUAAUGGGGACAAGGAUUGGCCAAAUGAAGAAGAAGUUUCUCAACUGAGUGGAAAACUGCACAGAAUUCUUCACAAUCUCGACUUCGAUCGUUUUCGAUAUAUUCUGAUAUGCAACGCAAUUUCUGGAGAAAAUCGAGAAAACUCAGAAUUAGGAUUUUUAGCAGAAAUACCCUGGACGGCUGUAAUUGAUUUCGAUUCUAAUUCGGAGACCGGUGGAAUGUACGACUUAAUGCACCGUAACUCAUCAUGCGAAGGAAGAGGGACAGGUGGGGUGUUCAGUAAACAAGUCAGUGUACUUAACGUUGAGGACUUCGAGAACCGAUCUACUAUCCAUAGCAUGUUUGAAUCAAACUCUGGCACUUGCUGGAUCUUUGCUAAUGGACGUAAAGAUGUUUCUCUUGCUCAAGAGACGUUCAGUGAUUGGGUUGCUAAUUGCAAAAAGCCAGCAGAGGAUGCUUUGUCUGCAUGUAUGCAUAUGCAGAAACCUUUGGUGUCAGUCUAUUUGCUAGUUUCUGCAUCGAGCCUUCAAGAAUUGGCGUCGUUGCUGCAAUUCAAUUUUAGCAUAUUAGGUCCGAGGCAAUCAAGGAAAGGAAUAGCACUGAUAUGUGAAGACGGCCCUAUUGUUCAAGAUUUAAGAGCUUUGGCACGUGUCGAUGUCGGUGAAUGUUGUGUAGCUGGAAUGCAUUGGGCUUGCGUCAAAGACAGUAUUUGCCAAAUGCUUAUGGGAAGAGAAGUGUUCGAUCUUAGUACAGAGAAACACGUGGUAUCAUCUAGUGAUACGCCGGUAGCAGUUCCUCUUGCGAGGAUGAGGGCAUGGGAAGAUAUCAAUGUUGUUGGGUACUAUGAAUGCGAAUAUGAAGCUGAAAACGCUUCUGAUGAGAUGGAGAGAUCAAGAGACAACUUUUAUAAGGGUGAACAGCCGGAAUGGCUCAACUUUUAUCUCCGUCAUGACAUUGAGAGGUCUCUACUUCGGAAGCUCAAGGAUGAGGUUCAGCAACGUCUGGAGAGUUUGAAAGGCCAGAACUUCGGUCAGGAGCGUGACAACAGAACAUCUAUUCGCACGGUGGUACUUCACCAUUCUCCAGGCACCGGAGGCACAACGUUGUGCAGACGGGUUCUUUGGGAGUUCCGCAAGACUUUUCGUUGCGCUUUGAUCCAAGCUAUUACAAAUAGCACUGCCAUGCAGGUCUCUUCGCUUUAUGAUUUUAAAGAGUCACACACGGGCCCAAAUGCUAUAUUGCCGGUUUUGCUUUUGGUGGACUGCGUCAAUACGCAUGCCUUUCGCUCUCUUUGUUCAGAUCUCAACAGAAGUCGCGUAAGGUCUGUCAUUUUGCAAUGCAGGCCUAUCUUAUCUGAGCCUCUACAAAAGAAACAGAUCUAUGGAGAUGCCGAGUAUCAUCUAGAUCGUCACUUGUCUAAGUCCGAAAUCAAGCAAGUUGCCCAUCUUAUCAAUCAACUUGAACCUGAUCGUGACAAAAGAACGCAGAUUAUUCGAAACGUUAAAAGCAAUCAGCAAAUUUUGUAUUUUGGACUGCAGUUGUUUGGACAGGAGUAUAACCACAAGUUGCUAGAGAAAUAUGUGGUCUAUCACUUGGAGAAUGUUGCGGAGCUGGAGGUAGAAAUGCUGAAAUUCUGCAGUCUGGUCUACACUUACAUGCAUGUAGGAAUUCCCCGAUCGUGCGUUCAGAGCUUACUGUCUCCUCUCGAAGGACCGUUUCGAGUAAGCAUGGCUGAUAUCAGUGACACAACAGCAGAUAUGAUUGUUUUGAAUACAGAAGGAUACGAGACGUACGCAUACGAAGGAUACAGGCCCGCUCACCAUCUUAUAGGAGUAGAGGUUCUUCACCGUUUCCAACUGCUUGAGACUGCAAUGCAAUUUCUAGACAAAAUGGUUGGUAGGCGUUCGGAAUAUGCUGCGAACAUCCUGACAGACAUAGCUAUACGUCUGUUUACAAAACGAGACGCAAAAGUUGGUUGGGACGAAGAGAAUGUCGAUGGAGACGAGGACAUUGCGGCGGAAAAAACUUCCGAACAUGCGGGUCGUGUGCAGUUACGGCGGUUUUCUCCCUUUAUUACUACUCUCAUGAAAGAUGAAGGGAAGUUUGAAGCUCUCGAGCUAUUGCUAGUUUUGUGCGAGAAAACGUUGGGGUGUCCCGGUAAUGCAUUUGUCUGGCAGCAUCUUGCACGAUAUUUAGCAUACGAAGUCGGAGAGAUGGAGCUACCUCGAAAGUUUGCUGGUUUUCUUUCUUUUCUGUUGUGGGGAGAGACAUACUGGUUGCACGACGACAGUGACGAUGGUGAUUCAAGUCUCGAAAAGCCAAUAGACAAGUACACGGGCUAUGAAGCUGCUGUGAUGGCAAUCGACAAAGCUAUAGAUCAAGAAAAAGAUCGAAGCAUUUUCCAUACUACAAAAGGCCUUGUCUAUAAAUUGCAGUUGUCUCCUUACAAAGCUCGUCCUUGUUCUGUGGAGAAGCUUUACGAAGUGAUACGCACAGCUCAACAAUCGUUUGAGGCUUUCGAAGUAGCCAAGAACUGUCCAAUGGCGUUCAUCAAUUGGUAUGCAAUGAUUGGGAAAAUUGAAGUAUGCUUAGAUCUUCUGGCAAUAGUAAAAGGUUCCGAGGUAUUCAAAGGUUACGUUUUGCCAGCAGAUCACAAGAAGGUGUUUCGAGAAUUUAUGGAUGGCUCGGAUACUCCAAAGGAAAUGCGUGGUCUUGAUCCUGAUCAAAUAGCUUUCAUUCGAGGAAGAGAAGAAUGCAUUCGUAGAACCCUUGAUGACAUAUUCGAGUGCGAACAUUUGACAGGACGCUGGGACAAGAAGCAACGGUAUGAGUAUCAAUCUGCACAGGCAAGGGGAGCAAGAUUGAGGCGUAAAUUUGUUGAAGUGUCCGAUUGCCAGUACACAAUCGACUUAGCAAAGAAAGAACGGAAAACGGAGUCCUCUCCGGAAUUAAGAAGGCAGAUGGUUGAGGAGAUGUUAUAUGUUCAAGGUGAAGAUCCCUACAGUACUUGGGUGGCCUUUAGUGACAAAGAUAUGAGUGAAAUCGCUCGAUGGUUGAAACCAAGCUGUAGUGUUCAAAGGGGCAGACUGAACACUGACACAGAGACAACAGUACUAAUGUUUGUAAGAGCCUGUGUAGAAGGACGCGACGUUGCUACGUUAAACGGUGGUACUAAGGAGCUCAUCGCCAUUGUUAACAGUUGGUGCAGUUCUAAACCCAAGAGCGCUUGGGCUCAUCUUUUCCAGUAUAUGUUGUACUUUCCAUUACCGAAUCCCAUCUGUACUCCAGACAAGGAGGUGGUAAAACAGGCUAUAAACUGUUGUCUGACGACUAUUCGAAACAAGCAAUAUGCACCUCGAAAAUCCCGUCCUCGCUACUUUUUUGGUAGAGGCGAAGGCAUCGCGAUGAUUAUGUCUGCGGCCAAGAUAAGCUUGGAUUAUUACGAAAAUACGACAAACUUUUGGCGCAGUAAACGCGUCAUGGCCAGCUUAAUUCGUCUAAAAGGAACCAAACACAAAUUUGGACAGAUUAUGUAUCAAGGGAUCGAGGUUAGCUUUGAUAACGAGCUUUAUCCAAAAGAGAGCAAAGACUGGUUGUGGUUUUAUUUGGGAUUUACCAUACAGGGACCUUACGCUUACGAUCCUGUCGACCAAGAAAAGUAUGACGAACUGAGAAAAGUCGACUUGUCGACUCUUCCGGACAUUCCUCUCAGGUCGUCACCCAAGCCUCAUCGGUCUUUAAGAAACCAAAAUAGGAGAGAUCAGAAAGGGACUACUGAACACUUUCAGAGAGCAGAGAUUCCUCCUAGGUUUAGAUCUGCAAUAGACCAAGCCGAGAAAGUGCCGGCUUUGAUACCGACUGCUCAACUUCCUAAAAAACAGAUGUGGAAACCAGCAAACUCAUCGCAGCCGUUUCGUGAUUCUGUACAAGAGAAAAAUAGAUUCGGCAAAUCAGAGGACAUAGAAGCGACACCGAGCUACACUUCAGACUGGGAUAAACAUGCAGCUGAAAAUCUUCAUGACUUCGAUACGUCGGAUCACCAGCAUCAAUCGCAGCAGUGGACAUUUGAGUCUGUCGACUGCUUAGCGAAACGGUUGAAUUCUCGGUCAAUGGGAAAAGGAGACGCCGACAGAAGCAAGUUAUUAAGUAAACGGGACGCUGAAGUUGUUAAGGAUGCAUAUGCAAGCACCAUCAACGAGAAAGACAAAGAUGUUUUAGAUACGGAAGUGGUUGUGUCACAGAUACAUCCUUCUAUCAAUACAGGGCAGAUAGCAACAGUUUUUUCAUCGUUUGGAAUUGUACUAAAAGUCACUAAACGAAAUGCGAAGACGGCUGUUGUGCUGUUUUCUACUUCACAAGGAGCGUCAAAGGCUGUCUCUUGUGGAAAGGUGACAAUAGGAAACUUUAGAGUGAUAGUUAAGAGAGCUGACAGGAAAGCUGAACCGUUGACUGCAGUCGGUGAUUACGGGCAAAGUCUUAUUGGAUCAGGAGAGAGGAGAGUCAGACAGAAAAGAACUACUUGUGACCGAGGAGAAACUAGUGUAUUUACUUCGCCUAGCUCACGUAUUACAAAAAAGACACCAACUUGUGAAGACGGUCAUGCCGUUCUUAUUCAAAAUAUUGACCCUAGCACACAAGACGAAGACAUUUGGCUUAUUGCCAAAUUAAUUGAUGAAGAUGCUCAAGUAGUUCGGCUGUCAGAUGGUAGUGCCAUUGCAACCUAUCGAGACUAUCAAACUGCUUGUUUAGCCCAAAAACAGCUUCAUGGUCAUGUUCUCAAUGGAACCAAGAAUCUGCAAGUAAAACUGUUACCACCCGACGAAGACUCUCGGCAGCCUGUCCAUUCCAGUGCUCCACAGUCAAAAGCUGUUGCUAAAUCUUUGGACACCCAACACUGUGACCAGGAGUUUAAUCAACUAUUGCAGGAGGAGCUAAUCAUUUUUCACACUCAGUUGCUGGAAAUUCUAGCAAAUCUGAAAGUAGAUGGCUGCUUCAGAGAGGCUCAGGCAAUCCUACCCGUUGUUACAACAAUGGAUCAUUUGAGAACUACUGUAGAGUCAAUCACCGAGAAGGGAUACCAGAAACCUAAAGAGAUGUCUGCUCUUUGUCGUCAUUUGCACAAACGAAAGUUAUGUGUCAACGUUCGGGGGACCACUGUACAGUUUGGUCAACGACUUGCCGAGUUGUGCAGUCGGAAAUUUGAUGAACAUCUUCAACAGGCUCAUCUGCAAACUUCGAUGGGAAGAAGACCUACAGAAGACCUUGAGAGUAUUGUACUAUUUAUGGCCCAUUUGUAUAUCAAUGAGGUACUGAAAGCUUCUAUUGUUCAUUAUGCUAUCUCCAAUUUAUUGAAAGGCCGCCAUGCUUUCUUUUAUGAAUGUGCUCAAGUGGCUUUACGUGAUGCUGGCCGUAAACUAGAGGAAGAAGACAGCAAACCUGUUGAAAGACAUUUUCGAGAUAUUGAAAACAUUUUGGCAAAAGGAGCUUUAGACAGCAGGACAGCUCUUCUUCUCAAGAAUCUUGUGUAUUUGAAGCGGGAUGCUUGGAUUGAUUUCAGUACACUGAGUUCAUAAUGCGACAUCUAUUUAGAACAAACAACAGCAACAGGAACAAACUCUCGUUAUUUCUGCAAUUGUCCCUAUGUAAAUGGACGGUUAAAGUAGUGUGCGUGCGUAUAUAUAGCUUGUAGAUAAUGGCUUUAUAGACAAUAAUUUGUAGGCACAGUAGACGUUUUACCGGAAUUUUUGUCAUUCAUGGUUCUACUACUUGUGUAUUUUUCUGUAAAUAACUAUCAUCGUUGUGGUUGUGUACUAAACAGUAAACAAAUGCUUUGCCAAUAUAUGUACAAUUAA